AUGUCUGGCCGAGGCAAAGGUGGAAAAGUUAAGGGAAAGGCAAAGUCCCGCUCGAGCCGCGCUGGAUUGCAGUUCCCAGUUGGUCGUAUUCACCGUCUUCUGAGGAAGGGCAACUACGCCGAGCGCGUUGGUGCCGGUGCUCCUGUCUACCUGGCUGCCGUGAUGGAAUAUCUGGCCGCUGAAGUUCUCGAGUUGGCAGGAAACGCCGCCCGUGACAACAAGAAGACCAGAAUCAUCCCACGUCACCUGCAGUUGGCCAUCCGCAACGACGAGGAGUUGAACAAACUGCUGUCCGGGGUGACCAUCGCCCAGGGUGGUGUCCUGCCAAACAUCCAGGCCGUCCUGUUGCCCAAGAAGACCGAAAAGAAGGCUUAAAUUUGAUCUCAGACCACGCCCAACAUGUACAAAA